AUGGACAGCUCAUGGACCAUCGGACGAGUUGGCUCAAUCGACUCAGCCCACAUCCCUAGUGGCAUCAAUUGCAGAGGCGAAAACAUUGCCUUCCUCAAAUGCAAGAAGGACGAUCCCAACCCCGAGAAAUGCCUCGACAAAGGCCACCAAGUCACUCGCUGCGUCUUUGGCCUGUUGAAAGACCUUCAUCAGAGGUGCACAAAGGAGAUGGAUGCUUAUGCCGGUUGCAUGUACUACCAUACAAACGAGUUUGAUUUGUGUCGCAAAGAGCAGAAAGAGUUUGAGAAAACAUGUCCUUUGGGGUGAGUUGGUAGAUGAUACCCAGAAUUCAAUGUUUCAAAUUAUUUAAGCCCAAACUUCAAUGGGCCUGCCUGUAUGGCGGAGAUACUUCCAUUCCAAGCGACUUAAAUUUGGGAAUAAACGGCUUUACCAGGAAUUGCUUUGAGAUCGUAAUCUGAAGAUGAGUCUUGGAAGAUUCUGCCAUAGGGGUUUUGUUGAUUGUAUUGAUUUUGGGUGUCCACGGAUGUGACUGUGGAGGAAGAUUCUAUGGCG